UGUCGGUAAGCGGUGAGCCCAGCGGAGGAGCCGCCUUCAUGAAACCCACAGCUGGAACAUAGACAGAAACUUCAGUGUCGAGACUGUGGCGUUUUAAUCGAGAUUAGAGCAACGUCUGGAACUACGUUACUAUUUCACGGGAGCGGGCCGUUGGCGGUUGAAUGGACGGGUAGAGAUACGUUAGCCGGGGGCUUUAAGAAGAAGUAGCCGAGCAGGUCGGCGCCCGGUGCGGGGAAAGAGGGCGAGAGAGAGACGGGGGCUUAAAUCAAGACGGGGCUGCUCCUUGCUGGGGGAUGUUAUCCGUACUGUCUUAUGGCAGACUGGUAGCCAGGGCUGUCCUGGGUGGACUCUCUCAAACGGACGGUCGGGACUACAGCCUGGUCUCAGCCAGUUAUGGCUUCGGGAAAGAUUUUCGCAAGGGGAUCCUGAAGAAAGGGAUGUGCUACGGGGACGAUGCCUGCUUCAUAGCGCGGAACAGGAGCGCGGAUGUCCUGGGUGUAGCAGAUGGUGUAGGUGGCUGGCGUGACUAUGGAGUCGACCCGUCUCAGUUCUCCGCCACCUUAAUGAGAACGUGUGAGCGACUGGUGAAGGAGGGACGCUUUACGCCCAGUAAUCCAGUGGGUAUCCUGACCACUGGCUACUAUGAGCUCUUACAGAACAAAGUUCCCCUGCUAGGGAGCAGCACAGCCUGUAUUGUGGUUCUGGAUCGACGGAGUCACCGGCUACACACAUGUAACCUUGGUGACUCGGGCUUCCUGGUGGUUCGGGGAGGAGAGGUGGUUCAUCGCUCAGAUGAGCAACAGCACUACUUCAACACACCCUUCCAGCUGUCCAUUGCUCCACCGGGAGCUGAAGGGGUGGUGCUCAGCGACAGUCCCGAUGCAGCUGAUAGCUCCUCCUUUGACGUGCAGCUCGGUGACAUCAUCCUGACUGCGACCGAUGGCCUCUUUGACAACAUGCCGGACUACAUGAUUCUUAAGGAGCUCAAAAAACUCAAGACUACAAACUAUGACAGCAUCCUGCAGACCGCACAGAGUAUUGCAAAGCAAGCUCACGACCUUGCCUAUGAUCCCAACUAUAUGUCCCCUUUUGCACAGUUUGCCUGUGACAAUGGCCUGAAUGUAAGAGGAGGGAAGCCAGACGAUAUCACGGUGCUGCUGUCCAUUGUGGCUGAAUACACAGACUAAAAAAAAGCAUGUGUGAGAGUGUGUGUGUGGCUGAUUCUUCCUUCCCGUCUGCCCGAGUCUUCCACCUGCAGUCCUCCCAAAAUGCAGUGCGUCCCGUGGGCCGACAGAGAGAGAGGCCCACAAACACAACACACACUCCUCACCGCGGGGGGGAGCUGACGUCCACCCCAUGUACAUUUUGUUUUUCACCCUCUUGUUUUGUUUUGGUGCUUGAAUGGUUGAGGGGAAGCAGGCAGCUAGGACAUUUUUCAUGUUGAUCAUGACGCAGGAGGAGAUGAGUACAGCGGGCUGGGGGAAUGCCUUUCAGUCUCCUAAUGUCUCAUUGCAUGGCAUCAACACUUUUUAGGUACUAAAAGACAGUUUGAUUUGACCGAACAGGAAUCAGGCUGAGAGGGCCUUAAGAUCUAGUUGCCCUCGUGUAGAAAAAGGUGGUUUUGUAAAGAGGAGUAAGCCAUGGUUUGGGAGUCCCUUGAGUGUAGUGAUAGUUGACUAUUGAACCCAGCUAUCGGUCUCUGUUGUUCCACUUGUUAAUCUGUUCCAUGUUGUUAAAGUGUUUUGAAUAAAGCAUAUAGAUGGGCUGAGGAAGCUGACGUCAGGAGUAUGGGUGUUACUGGAGAAAGAAUGUAAAGAGUUGGGUUUGGGAAUGUGAACCACGGAAGAACUAAUUGCUUAUUUGCUUAGAGGAAUCCGAGCAGAAACACUUAUUAGAGCCAACAUGUGAAGGUUAAUCAGGUUUCGUCUCUUGGCUGAGGAAUCUGUCUUUGCGCACAUCCGGAUAAGUUGUAAAUAUAUUUGUUUCUAGGUCUACGUCUUGGCCUUUUUAUGUUGUCUUUGCUUUGGUUGUUGAAAGCAAAGAGCUAUAACGUCACUAUGGCGGAAGGUGUACACAUGCAUUCAUAAAUAUAUUUUCUUGUAUAGAUGUCAAUCUUGAAGUGAGCUUUAUCAAUCCCACACUUCCACUCGCUGAAACGAACAACACAUUUGCUAACACAUUUGAGUUAGACGGCUGCGUCAGUUGUGUGGUAGGAAAGAUUUUUUCAAAACGUGUGCGUGUGUGUGAGUUGUAUACAUGUGAGAAGUUGUAAUUUGGACAUGUGUUGUAUUUAAUUGUUAAUAUUUGUUAUCUCACAAAGCUAAAGCUAGCAUCUGGUAAUGCUUACAAUUGCAAUGAUAGGUCAGGUGUGAAUUUAAAGGAAGAGAUGUAUUUUUUUAACGCUACUUGGUUUUAAAGGUGAAGUUUGAAGUGUCUGCUGACAUGAAAUAUGUGUAAUGGAUGACAAAAAGAUCCAGCUAUCUUAACAAGAAUCAGGUGUGUGUGUGUGUGUGUGUGUGAGUGAAAUUUAUUUUUAUUUCUGUUUCUCAGUUCCUUAUUUCCCCUUUACAUUUGUUUGCUGCUUCUCUUUUGUAAUGUGUGUGUGUGUGUGUGUGUGUGUGUGUGCGUGCACGUGUGCAUAUGACUUGAUGUGAUUUAUACGAACAUGGGUCGCCAUGAUUGUAAAAGGGUGCAUGUAAAUGUGUGUGCUGGUUUAAAUCAAUGACAUUAAUCAAAGACAUCGGUAAUGCUGUCCUGCUCAUGUUGGUGUCUAACUCCUCGCUCCAGUGGUUCGAACAGUGUCUUCACAGUUUAAAAGCAGGUGCACCAAAGACACAUUUUCUUUCUGUAUGUCAUUACGCUCUGUUGUCACAAACAUCAUGCAGCAAUACUGUCAAUUCCUCGUGCUCAGAAUCUUUGUGUGAUGGCAAGAAGCGUGGAUGCAAAUGUUCAGAAAGACAUUAAGAUGUCAUUUCUUUGCCUCUAGUUGUUUGAUCAGAACAAAGGUUGUGUUGUACGUGUAGGUUAUCUGUAACAAAAGUAUAAGACAGGUUUAUGAAACCAAAGAAGGAAAGCCAUAUAUAUAAAUACACGAUUAGGGCACUGCUCUGUAAGCCCUGAUGUAAAGAUAACAUUGUGUUGGUGUUAUUCAUCUAACAAUCAUGGUAGAAAGUGCACAACUGCUGCCACUGGUCCUGCAUGUUUCUUUCAUUUGAAAGAAGGAUGCUACAAACAGUUCAUAUGUGAUGGCAGGAGUACAACACUUGAAAGAGUUUGUCUUCUGCAAUGACCACAUUUUACAUGAAUUCAAAAUGUUAUUACACAGCGGAGACCAUUGUCUGGAUAUCCGCUGUCCGACUAUCUGUACUGUCCUUUUUUGCAUGAUUUCUGUCUUAUCUAUUGGCGCCACUUUGCAAAGUUAAUUUCACACAGUAGUCUGUUUCGGUAUUUUUGAAUGGUUUGUGAGCUUGUAUUUACUUCAAAGAUAGCCCUAUAUUUGACAGAAAGAUGUUAACCUAUAUGCAGAAGGAAGGGGGGUGUUGGUGCUGUGAACUUACAGUGUGAGGGUGAGCACAGUUUCAGCCUUAACAAAUAGAUAGACCUGUAAUCAAGAGGCCUUUCCUGUCAUUGCAAACUUGUCUCGUCUCGGCCACGUCGCCCGGUGUUUUGAUGUAAACGAAGUCUGCCCCCAUCGUUCUCUCCUGUAAAGCAGUUCUCAAAGGUGCUUCUGCAGUCUGUACGGUAUGAUUGUUCUAUUUCCAGCAAGCGAUGUUUGUGCGUGUGAAAGAUACACCUAUGUCUACAGUGUAACAAUGCAGGUCUAAUUUAUGUAAAUAUGUUUUAAAAAAUGUACAAUAUUUAAAUAAAGAAUUUAGUAUUUAU